UUCCUAAGCAAACAAAAUUAGAGGAUAUUAGGAUCACUAGAUGAGGGGGAGACUAUGGCUUGCAUUUUCUUUUCAUCUCAGCCUUUUUUCUCAAUAGGAAUUAAUUCUUUGAAGAAACACAAGUUGCAUCAUCAAUAUUAUUGUUGUGCAAAGAUAGGACCUGGUUCAAAUAAUUUUGAGAAUAGGAUAACUUCUUCUUUUAGCUAUAAAAAUAGUGUUGGUGUUCCUCUUAAUGAGUUGCCUUGGGCUUCUUUUGAUCAAUAUAUAGAAGACAAGGGAAGAGUAAUUCAAGCUAUAUUUGCUGAGAAAUCAACAAGCAAACAGAUCAAUGAGGAAGAGUGGAGAGUCAAGAUGAAUCCAAUGCAAGUAUUGUUUGUAAGAUGUCAACCAAUAAUACACAUUACAGCUAGAUGCAUAUCUAAAGCCCAAGAUUACCCACAUGAAACUCCUAGGCAUAUCACCAAACUUCUAGAGGUUCAAAUUACAAGGUGUGUGUUCGAAGAUCUACAUGCUGAUUACAUGCCACUAGGUCUCAACAUUAAUGCAAAAGGAGCUCUUUACCUAGAAAGGAAUGGAAGGCAUAACUUGAUGAAGAAUCAAUUCAACAUUACUUUAAGCUUUGUUGUUCCUCUAUUACUCAAAUGGGUUCCUCAAAAUGUCUUGCAAAACAUUUUACAAUCGGUUCUCAAAAAUUAUGUGGAGGAUAUUUGCAAUAAAGGAAUAUCUAUUAGAUUGUUAGCAGAUUAUAAUGCUUUCAAGAGGAACAUGCUCAAAAAGAAGGCAUAAUUACAUGCAAAUCCACCAUUUAUCACUCAUAUAACUCCCAUUGAUUUUUCAAUUUAGCUAACAUAAAAUAAAUAAAAUAAAAUAACUUAAUUAGUUGAAUACACUGUAUUUUAUCAUGUUGAAAAUCAAAUGUUAAAAUUAUAAUAUGAUAAUAUAUAAGUGUAAAAUCAUUACAUUUGUAGCAAUGUUAGAUCAAAAUGUCUAUUUUAUAUAAGCAUUAUUUGUUGAAGUGAAU